CAGCGCGGGCGCCCGGGGGAGUCCCGCAACCCGCAGCUCAACAGCUGGAGGCCCCGCAGGCGCUGCGCGCUGGGGCGGAACAUGAUGAGGCCCAGGCAGAGACCGAGGCUGAGGGUGCAGGGCACCUGCUGCGAAGCCACCAAGCUCCGCUAGGGCGGGCGGCGGCGGUCGGACCCUCCCCCGGGGAAGGGGCGGGCUCCCGACGGCCGCGCACAGGGAGACCCGGCGCCGCAGAGUCCUGGCAGGAUGGCACCAGCCGGAGUUCCCGGGGCCAAGAAGGGUAUUUUAGAACGUCUGGAUGAUGGGGAGGUUGUGAUUGGGGAUGGCAGCUUUCUCAUAACUCUGGAGAAGAGAGGCUACGUGAAGGUUGGGCUCUGGACUCCAGAAGCAGUGGUAGAACAUCCAGAUGCAGUUCGUCAGCUUCACAUGGAAUUCUUGAGAGCAGGCUCGAAUGUCAUGCAGACCUUCACCUUUUCUGCCAGUGAGGACAAUAUGGAAAGCAAGUGGGAAGCUGUAAACGCUGCCGCCUGUGACCUCGCCAGGGAAGUGGCUGACAAAGGUGACGCUCUGGUGGCUGGGGGGAUCUGCCAAACAUCAGUGUACAAACAGCACAAGGACGAAGGUAGAAUUAAGAAGCUUUUUCGACAACAGCUAGAGGUUUUUGCCAGGAAAAAUGUGGACUUCUUGAUUGCAGAGUAUUUUGAGCAUGUCGAAGAAGCUGUGUGGGCUGUGGAAGUCUUAAAAGAAUUGGGGAAACCUGUGGCAGUUACCAUGUGCAUAGGCCCAGAGGGAGACAUGCACGAUGUGACACCCGGAGAAUGUGCCGUGAAGCUGGGGAAGGCAGGGGCUAACAUCAUUGGUGUGAACUGCCGAUUUGGGCCCUGGACCAGCUUGCAGACGAUAAAGCUCAUGAAGGAGGGCCUUGGGGCUGAAGGGCUGAAAGCACACUUGAUGAUACAGUCCCUGGGGUUCCACACACCCGACUGUGGCAAAGGAGGGUUUGUGGAUCUCCCAGAAUACCCUUUUGCCCUGGAGCCCAGAGUUGCAACCAGAUGGGACAUUCAAAAAUAUGCCAGAGAGGCCUACAACCUGGGGGUCAGGUACAUCGGUGGGUGCUGUGGAUUUGAGCCCUACCACAUCAGGGCAAUUGCAGAGGAGCUGGCCCCAGAAAGAGGAUUUCUGCCACCAGCAUCAGAAAAACAUGACAGCUGGGGGAGUGGUCUCAAUAUGCACACCAAACCCUGGAUUAGAGCAAGGGCUAGGAGGGAGUAUUGGGAGAAUCUGCUGCCAGCUUCAGGUCGACCUUUCUGUCCUUCACUAUCAAAGCCAGACAUUUAAA